UCUUGUGGACGAGGCUGGGAAGCAGUCAGGCAUCAAAGGCGUGUGAACACCUUUUCUUCAGAAACGUUUCACAAACUCCGCAUUUUGCAGGCCACGGGAGGCCGGGCGGGUCCUGCGCUGCGGGCGGCGCUCUGUGCGCUCCGUGCCGGCGGGGCCGCUCUAGCCGCGCUCUAUGGUGCUGCGGCCGCUCUGGCCCCGCUCCACGGCCGCCGUGCCGCUCUAUCCCCGCUCCGCGGCGAUGCUGCCACACGUCUGCAGCCGCCCUUGUCCCCGCUGUGUCCCCGCUAUGUGCCCACUGUGUGCCCGCCGUGUCCCCACCGUGCCCUCACUGUGCCCCGGCCGUGCCCGCCCGCCCGUCUCUAUGGGCCGCGCGUUGCCGGCGGGGCGGGCGGGAUGUGGCGGCUGCUGCUGCUGCUGGGCCGGGGCCGCUGCGCGCCCACCCCCGCCCGCCCCGCCUGUGCCCCCGGGCUGGGGAGCGGCCGCGGGCACAGUCCCGAGCGGGCGGCCGCGUGUGAGGAUGGCCCGCAGCGAGGAGGAGGAGGAGGAGGAGGAGGACGGCGGGCGCUGCCCGGCCUGGUACCCCGCUACUCGGUGCGAGAGGCCGUCACCUGGGGCGCUGUGGGCGCGGUGCUGCUGCAGCUGCUCCGGCAGAUCGCGGGGCUCAGGUCGCUGCCGGACCCCCGGACGGAGCGGAGGCUGCCCUGGAGCUCCUCGCUGCCCCCGCAGCCCGCAGGUCAGAGGGAUUCCUGCCUCGGUGUGCCAAUGGUGACUGAAGCCUCAGCCGGCUGUCCUGGCGAGCAGCUGGGGUCCCAGUUCCUGCAGAAAGCAAGUCCAGAGGCUGUAGCAGAGAGUUCAUCCUCAGGCAUCCCCUCGGGGCAAGGAGAGAGCCAGCCCUGGGCAGAAGCAGGAGAGUUCCAAAUCCCUGUGAGCUGCAGGGUGGGGCCAGUUCUCCACAGUGCAAAGGGUGACCCAGCUCAGCGAGGGCAGUUAGAGGAAGCCGCUUUCCAAUUGCAGCAGAUUUUCCGAAUUGAUAUUUCCAUUGCAUUGAAUAUCCUCGGCAUCGAGAGCAUGAGGGCGGGGCACAGCCGGGUGGCCUUCACCUGCUUCAAGCUGGCAGCGGAUCGGGGCUACAGCAAAGCCCAGUUCAAUGUGGGGCUGUGCUACGAGCACGGCAGGGGCACGGAAAAGGACUUGGAAAAGGCAGGUUUUUAUUACUGCCAGGCAGCCAGCAGCCGUCACCCCAUGGCCCAGUACCGCUACGCCAGGUACCUGCUCCAGCACGGCCCUGGCAGCCUCUGGGACAGGAAUCACAAGGCUGUGGCACUCCUGGAGCAAGCAGCAGGGGCUGGCAUCACAGAGGCACAGGCUUAUCUUGGAGUGUUCUACAUGAGGGGGCUGCAACCCCAGGAGAAGAGAGGUCUGAAGUACCUGCUGCAGGCAGCAAACAGUGGGGAUGCCCAGAGCAGGUUCCACGUGGGUGUGUGCCACGAGCAGGGCCUGGGGGUGCAGCAGAACGUGGCGGAAGCGCUGCGGCACUACCGGCAGUCAGCGGCCGCGGGGAACAGGCAGGCCCAGGACAGGCUGCGGGCAUGGCAGCAGGAGCUGCAAGAUGUGCACACAAAGCAUCCAUUCCCUUCAGGAUUAAGAGCCUCCUCCUCCAGCCCCAAUUUCUGGACUAUUGAGCCUGUGUCUGCAGGUCAGCCAGGACAGUGUGGCCUGACCCUGCCCCACUCGUGGAGCACAGGCAGGCUGCACGUGAUGCUGCUCAGCAGUGCAGGGUGGAGCUGUGCCUUCAGAGCCAGGACAGUGCCACUGGAGCUGCAGGGCUGGGAGCCCCAGCACUGCUGGCCCUAGAGCAGGCAGAGGGCAAGGCAGCCCUUGGUGUGGGCUGGAACCAGGCUGGCAGUGAAUGGAAAGAGAAUGCUCUCUGUUCAUGCAACAGGAGGCAUUUUUAAAUGCCUGGGGUUUGAGAAUAAACUUUGUGAUAUCUCCUACACUACCAAGUCCUCUGGUCCUCUUUCCUUGCUCACAAUGAUGUUGCUUCUGCAGCUGCAUUUCUGUAUUAGAGCCAAGCUGUGGCUGCCCCUGGAUCCUGGCAGUGCCCAAGGCCAGGCUGGACAGGGCUGGAGCUCCCUGGGACAGUGGGAGGUGUCCCUGCCAUGGCUGGGGUGAGACAGGAUGAGCUUUAAGGUCCUUCCAGCCCAAACCAUUCUGUGGUUCUGCAGCACAGUGGUGUGAUCUGGGCUGCUAAUUCCUGCAUAUCUUGCUCAUGGUCCCCCAGGGAGGUUCACAAGCCACCGUAUUGGGAUGUUGGCAACUAAGCCUGGGGCUGUCCUGGCCCUCAGCCUCUGAGGCAAUUUUCUCUCUCUCCAAGGCAAGUCCCCACAGUGCCCCUGCUACCAGCACAGUGUGGGCUGGCUCUGUGUCACCAUUCUGGCAGUUUAAUCUGCUUUCAAACCUGGGCAAGCCAGAGAGUGAAUUCUCAGCAUUAGGGCACAGUUUUGAUGGGAUGUGACAGAUCCAGCUGUAGCACUGAGGUGGCAGCUGUCCCCAGCCAUCCUGCACCAUGUCCUGUGCCCACUCCUGCAGCCCUGGCAGGGAGCUGCUCCCAUGAGCACACCUCUGUGAGACACAGCAAGCAAGGUUUGCUUCAAAAUCCAUCCUGGCCCUGUUUGUGAGCACGCCAGCUCGUUUGCAGCAGAGUGGAUAAGGGAUGCUCCCAGUGGGAAGGCACCACUGGCAGGCAGCAGCAGCAGGCAGCUGGUGUGAUAAUUUCUUCCACUGGGGCAGCUGAAUCCGGAAAAAGGCAUUUGUUCACACCAGUUUAAACUGGUUCAAGGGCAUCUGUGCAAACUGCCCAGCUUCCUGUGGCUCUGGUGCUCUGUGUAGGUCGGGCUCUGCAAAACAAAGGCAAUGGCCCUGUCCUGAACUUCUCCAUGCAGCAAGGGAGGGGCACAGCCAGCCCUCAACACAUCUGAUUGUUCUUCUGGUCUGCUCUCUCCUUCUGCUCAGACCAAACUUACUUAGACCAUUUCCUUUAUGAAGCAGGAUACAAGGAGCAGGAAAUUCCUGGGGUGGAUUUCCUAUGCUGUGAUAAUCCAGAGCGUGCUUACGCAUCGGUCAGGAUGGGAGAGGGGCUGGGGGGGCUGAAAGCAGUUUGCAGAAUCAGGAAAUUGAACCAAGAGGGAGGAAUUUGUCUCCUUUUAAACCUGCUUGUUAUAAGGUAUUUUUGUGUAAGGAUUGUCCUCUAACAGGGACAUCAAAGCAACUUUGCAGAAGGAGAUGUGAGGCUGUGCCAGGUGUUUGUCCCACUGCCUGUGCUCCCAAGGUGCAGAGGAAUCCCACAGGGCUCAGUCAUGAGCCAUCAAAUGCCUCCCUCAUGGCUUGCACAGCUGCAUCUCAGCUAGAAUCUGGCUCUCUGACAUUGUUUUGGUGCAAGAACCUGUUUUGUUUGUAAAACAAACCAGCAAGAGAUUUGUGUUAGCAGAGCAGCAGCACGAGCAGGCCAGGCCAAACCCAUCCGUGGAUGGAUGCCAGACAUGGGCUCAUCUGCACAAGCAUUUUGGAGACUUGAAAGAAAACAGAACAUUUUGGAUAUUAAAAAGUCCACCUGGGGAAA